ACACAUCCCAAAUACCCAAACAUCUUAAAACUAACCAGACUUAAUCAAUCAAUCAAUCAAACCAGACCAUCAUCACUUAAUCAACCCGAUUAUCAUCAACCCAAUAACAAAUAUAUAUAUACUAUUUAUUUAUUUAUUUAUUCUAUUUAU